UCUCUCUUUAUUUAAACACUUUCAAAUAAACCUUCACUCUCCUCUUCUCCCCUUUCCCACUAGAGUUUCAAACUCUCUUCUUCCCUCUCUGAAAAACCUCAUUCAUGGUGGAUUCCUUCUUCUUUGAUUCCUCAAUUUCACUCCACUUUUGAACUUUAAUACUCUUCUAAACCUUCAAAUUCCAGUGAAUACGCAGAUUAAUUUGUUCUUCGAAGUCCAAAAAUCGAUUAACGUGGAAAAACGCGCUUCUGUUCUUCGAUUGUUCUACUGAAUUUGAUUAUAGUCUUUAGAGCUUUCGUUUCUCGAUCGAAAAUCUUGCUUUGUUGUUUCCUGUGGACGGAUUUUUGCUCUAAACUUCGUCGGGAUGAUUGCGAGCUCUCUUUGCAAUGCUUCCGCUAAAUUCCCGGUUGUUGGUUUGACCUCUGACCACGACCAUGAUUGGGUUUUGUUAUUAAUUUAACAAUCCAAUGCGAUAUACAUCAUCUGCAUGCUGUCUGAACCUCUGCAUCAAAGUAAUAAUGUUUUGUCCAAUCUAGGGGAAUGCAAUUAUUUGAAGGCAUUUAAUUAAAACUUAUGAAGGCAGAAGUGAUGGACGUAGAAACGAUGAUGGAACAGAAGAGGAGUCUAUGCUCUGUUGAUGAGAGCGCUCUCACUUCUCUGACAUCCAAGCGACACAAGACUGAUUUCUCUAUCUCCUCUAAGGAGAGGAAAGACAAACUGGGUGAACGAAUUAUGGCCUUGCAACAACUUGUUUCACCAUACGGAAAGACAGAUACGGCAUCUGUUCUUCUGGAGGCAAUGGAAUAUAUCCAAUUCCUUCACGAGCAAGUCAAGGUGUUGAGUGCUCCAUAUCUCCAAAGCACACCCACUGUUUUGUUGCAGGAGGUGGAGCCAUGCAGCCACAGCCUGAGGAGCAGAGGCUUAUGUCUUGUUCCAAUCUCGUGUACUGCUGGAGUUGCACGCAGCAACGGUGCAGAUAUUUGGGCUCCUGUGAAGACAAUUUCCCCCAAAUAUGAGAAGCCCAUCUCACCAUUCAAUUGACCAUUAAAUCAUCAUCGCUCAGCAGCUAGCCAAAUGGUUCUGAAGUUUCUGCAUACGGUUGGUAAAAAGGGUAACUACUCAUCUUCAUAUCUAAUUUAUAACAAUUUUCCCGGAAGUAGAAGAAUAUUGUAUCAAAUAAUUUAGGCAUGGUGCUUGGGAUAUGUAAUUCUUCUGUUACAAAAGAAUAGCCGAGUCUCAUCGGUUUCCAAGUUAUGAAUCAUUACGGCUCACCAUUCUAGUUUUAACGGGUGAAGGGUAUAGUUUAUCUAUGGUAGUGUAUUAUUUGGUGUAUUAAAUGGUGGAAAUGUGUAUAUUGUAAACGAAUUAUAUGAUGAUCCCUAAUCAGAAAUUCAUGGUGGAGUGGCAUUUGUUACCUGCCUAGAUAAAGAGUAGUUGUUUCAA